CAAGAAAAAGAGCUCUCCUCUUCUCAGCAAGACGAUAUCGUUAGUGGCUGUCAUUCUAUAUUCUGCAGCAUCCUGUGAGAGAGACUAUAAUGAGAUGAAUCUUAUAAAGAAUAAACUUAGGUCACUGUUGCAUAGUGACAGUUUAAAAGUUCUGCCAAUGGUAAAACUAAGAGGACCACCAAUUGAACUGUUGCAGUGACAGCAUGUGGGAAACUGUUGGUACUAUGCAAGCAUGACAGUAUUCCAUAUAAAGGGCCGCAGGUGCCAUUUGUAAAGAGAUCUGGUUAUGCAGGAAGCAGGAACAAAGGAGAUAAGUUUUACAGCAGAAGAAAUGGUGGGGAGGGGAAGGCUAUGGAUGAAUUUGAGUAUUGACAAUUGAAAGAAGCUGGGAUACUGCAGUUCUAUUCAUUUUCUCAUUCAGAUCUCAGUGGAACAUUGGAAACACAUAAAGAGGAGGAAUUCUUAUCAAGAUUAAUUUCGUUUAUGGAAUGUUUGAAGGCAACUCUUCAGCAAUGUAAAGCACUUCAACUCAAUACAAAGAGUGUAAAUACUGAUGUAAUAACGUUUGAGGCAGACGUCAGAGAAAAUGCUGAAUGGCCACUAGACAAAGGCAUUGGAGAUGAAGCAAAAGUUAUUAUUCUGGAUGAGAAAAGCCACAACAGCUGGUCAGAAUUUGGAGGCCAUAGCAAUGAUGGUUUCCAGAGUCACCAAGAAGGUGAUAAAAAUAAAGAUGGUGGGAAUCUUGAUUGUCUUAAUGAUCCCAGCAGGUCACAGUUGUCAGAGCUCCAUAUGGUGGUCAUGACAGGUACCAAUGAUAAAAACCCUGAAGACCUUGACUGCAUUGAAAGUUCUUCCUCAGAAGCAAAUAGGGCAACUGGUAAAGAAACUUCAAAAGACAAGUCCAUAAAAUUUGAGCGACUGUGUAAUGGAAUGUAUAGCUGUCCUGCCUGUGACAAAACAUUCAGCACUAGGUCUGCAAUUGUUCGACACUACAGGACACAUACCGGGGAGAGACCCUUUCCUUGUGACUUCUGCAACAAGACAUUUGCAUCUAAGACUAGUGUUGAGUCGCAUCUCCUGCGACAGCACAAUCUGAAUACUGAGUCUGCAUUGGCUUGCCCAGAUUGUGGCAAGCUGUUUGUACGUCGCAGCUCCCUGGAAGUUCACUUGAUGACCCACAGUAAAGAUAAGCCAUUUCCAUGUGAUGUGUGUGGAAAGAAGUUUUCUCAGAAAGUCACCCGGAAUAUCCACCUUGCCAGGCACACAGGAAGAUACGAUCACACCUGUGAUAUCUGUCACAAAAAGUUUGCUUCACGUGCCAAACUCAAUGAGCAUAUGCACCGGCACCAAAGUCCACGGUUCAGAUGUGAUGAAUGUGGGAGGCAGUUUGUGCGUCAGGAUGCACUUCAUUCUCAUCAGAGAGUUCACACAGGCGAGCGACCUUAUCAAUGUCCAGUCUGCAGGAAGUCUUUCCACACCACAUCAAACCUUCGUCUUCAUGAGCAGGUACCUUCAUAAGUAUUUAUUAUGAAAUGUUAGAGACAGGCUUUGUAAAAUUGUUUUCCAAGACUUGUAGUAGUAUAUACUUGGGAGGAGGGGAUUAUGCCCUUGGCAGAACCUCAAGAUUGGAGGAGUAAUUAGUAUUCUGUAUUUAUCUGAAUGUAGGACAAUUUGGCAUCUGAAAAAUCAGAUGUCAACUAAUAGUGAUGAGAAGGAAACAUAAUUAGGACAUGUUUUUGUGACCAGUAGUACAGUGCAUUUAAUGUUUGUAGUGGGUAGAUUUGCUGUUCACCAUGUGGGUGGUGGAAUUGCUCUUAAUACAUAUACGCUGCAUGACAUCCUAACAUAAUUACUAAAUGAAAGCAAACAGUAUGUGAAUUUUUUUAUAGCAUACCAUUUUUACUUUCAUAAUAUAUAUACCCCUACUUCUAGACAAGAUUUGGAGAGAAAAUUAAAUUCCAGGUUUGUACCCAUAAUAGAA